AUGUUGCAGAAGAAUUUAUGUCGGAUGGAUUAUAAGGUUUUAUAACUUCAGGUAUUUGAAAAAGUGUUGAAUGGUAAAUAUUAACAUGAAAUAAUUAUUAUCAGGGAAGAUUAAUUUAUACCUCAGAUUAAGGAUUUUUUUUAAUUUCCUUACACCUCCACAUCUAUGACUAUAUCCAUUGGUACUCCAAUUUUUGCUACAGUUUCUGAAAACACCCCAUAUAUUGGUAUUAGAUACUUCGAAGUAUUUUCAUAUUAUGAGAAUAAAAUAAUAAUAGAUGAGAGUCUUCUCCAUUAAGACGAUUAUAUCCUUGAAUUUGAAGAGAUUUUUUCUUCAUAGUAAAAUUGUGUAGUAGGAUGUAGAAAUUGUAUUCGAGAUUUGUGUGUAGAAUGUUUUUCAGGAUGA